AGAGUUUAAUAUUCUGAUGUUUUUUUAUCAGGAAACUUCUGGUUGUUUAGUUUGGAAAAAUUCUUCAUAUUUUUAUGGCGUCAUGUCUAGAACAGAACGUUCACGGUGCUGAUCCAGAUCAAGACCUGUUUCCACAUCAUACUCAUGGUUCCUGGUGCCGUCCUGGUCUCUGAUCCAGUUUGUGGUCUUUAUGGCCAGGAUCAGAGGGUAGAGUCCUGGAGAGAGGAGGAGUCUGUUGUCUCAUCUUUUCCUUCAUGCUGACAUUUAAGAAACAAAGUUUUAAAAUAAAUCAAAGUCCAGAAAAUAUUCCUGUAAUUAUUCUGACGUCUGCUUUACUCCAGCUCAGGUGGGCGGUCCCAGCCUCCCAGUUAAUGUGUCACCUGCAGCCCUGCUGGGAGGACAGACCCUUCAGAACCAGGUUUAUUCAGGGUUCAGUCCAGGACCAGGAUGGGGAAAGGGUUCUACGUCGGUAAAGCUUUUGCGAUUGGAGGGAUUAUUGUAGCUGUGGCUGCUCUGUCCACCAUCAUCGCUCUGGCUGUUGUUUACUCCCAGGAACGGUCCAAGAACCUCCAGGUCCCCACAACUGAAGGGCCCACCAUCAAACCCACUCCCACCCCCUCCAACAAACCAUGGGACCAGUACCGGCUGCCCAAGAGCCUGGUACCAAUAAGCUACCGGGUGAAGCUGUGGCCACGACUGAAACCAGACCCAGUAUCUAAGCUCUACAUCUUUACAGGUCAGUCAGAUGUGGAGUUUGAGUGUGUGGAGGACACAGACCUGAUUCUGAUCCACUCCAACAAGCUGAACUACUCGUCUCCGGGGAACAGGAAUCAGGUGAGCCUCGUAGCUGUCGACAGCUGGGCAGAGAUUCCCUUCAAGUCCCCCUGGUUUCAGACCGUCACUCAGUACAUGGUCCUGGAGCUGAACGAGAAGCUGGUGAAGGGCCGUCGGUACCGCCUCUACACCAACUUCACUGGAGAGCUGGCUGAUGACCUGGGAGGGUUCUACAGGAGCGAAUACAAGGAUGAUGAUGGAGUCACAAAGAUCGUGGCUACCACCCAGAUGCAGCCGACAGACGCUCGGAAGGCGUUCCCCUGCUUCGAUGAGCCGGCGAUGAAAGCUCACUUUAACAUCACUCUGAUCCACGACCACGGAACCACUGCACUGUCCAACGGCAAGGCCAUAGAAACCACAAAUAUCACCACUGAUGGAGAAAGCCUUCAGCAGACAACUUUUGAACAAACCCCAAAGAUGUCCACCUACUUGCUGGCCUUCAUCGUCAGUGACUUCAUCUUCAUCAGCAACAACUCCACUGACCAAGUUGAGAUCCGUAUUUUUGCACGCAGGUCGGCUAUCGAAGCCGGACAAGGAAACUACACCCUCAGCAUCACCGGAACCAUCCUGAAGUUCUUUGAGGAAUACUACAAAUGCCCAUACCCACUGCCCAAGUCUGAUCAGAUCGCUCUGCCUGAUUUUAAUGCUGGAGCCAUGGAAAACUGGGGUCUGAUCACCUACAGAGAGACCGCUCUGCUCUACCACCCCACCUUCUCCUCCAACUCCAACAAGGAGAGGAUCGCCACCAUCAUCGCCCACGAGCUCGCCCACAUGUGGUUCGGGAACUUGGUAACUCUGCAGUGGUGGAAUGACCUGUGGCUGAAUGAGGGCUUUGCAUCAUACGUGGAGUACCUGGGAGCAGACAAAGCCGAGCCCAGCUGGAACAUGAAAGACCUGAUUGUCCUCAACGAUGUCCACAGAGUGUUCGCUGUUGACGCUCUGACGUCCUCUCACCCGCUGACCUCCAAAGAAGACGAGAUCCAGAGACCGGCUCAGAUCAGCGAGGUGUUUGACGCCAUCUCCUACAGCAAGGGCGCGUCUGUCCUCAGGAUGUUGUCUGACUUCCUGACUGAGGAUAUUUUCACCAAAGGACUUCAGACCUAUCUGAAUGAGUUUGCUUUUAAGACCACCGUCUACACAGACCUGUGGAAUCAUCUGCAGAAGGCUGCGGACGCUAAUGAAGUCAAUCUUCCUGUUUCUGUGGAGAACAUCAUGAACACCUGGGUUCUACAGAUGGGAUUUCCUGUUGUCACCAUCGACACCACCACCGGUACCGUCACCCAGCAGCACUUCCUGUUGGACUCCAACGCCAGGGUUACCAGGAAGUCAGAUUUCAACUACGUGUGGAUCGUUCCCAUCAGAUGGGGGAAGACUGGAGUCGUUCGGGACGGCAUCACCUGGCUGCAGGACAAAACAGCUACAAUACCAGGGAUGACAGCUUCUGGUUCUGACUGGAUUCUGGCCAACCUGAACGUGGUGGGUUACUACAGGGUCAACUAUGACCAGGGGAACUGGGACCGGCUUCUGAACGCUCUGAGCACCAACCACACUGCGAUCCCGGUGAUCAACAGAGCUCAGCUGGUGGACGACGCCUUCAACCUGGCCAGGGCAAAGAUCAUCUCAACAGUUCUGGCGCUCAGGACCACGUUGUACCUGAACCGGGAGAGGGACUACAUGCCGUGGGAGUCAGCGCUGGACAACCUGGAUUUCUUCUACCUGAUGUUCGAUCGCAGUGAGGUGUACGGCCCCAUGCAGGAUUACCUCAGGAAGCAGGUCACUGAGCUGUUCAACUACUACAAGGGUCUGACAGAAAACUGGGUCAAUGUUCCAAGUGGACACCUGGACCAGUAUAAUCAGGUGAAUGCCAUCAAUCUGGCGUGCAGGACCGGUCUGGAGGAGUGUCAGACUCUGGUCACCACAUGGUUCAGGGAUUGGAGGACUAGCGGCACCAACAGGAUCCACGCCAACCUGCGUUCCACCGUCUACUGUCACGCCAUCGCAGCAGGGGGCGCUACAGAGUGGGACUUUGCCUGGUCAGAGUUUCUGAAAGCCACCAUGGCAACAGAAGCUGAGAAACUGCGUGCUGCUCUGGCCUGCACCAAACAGCCGUGGAUCCUGAACAGGUACCUGGAGCACACCCUGAACUCCAGCCUGAUCCGGAAGCAGGAUGCCACCUCCACCAUCGUCUACAUCGCCCAGAAUGUCAUCGGCCAGCCGCUGGCCUGGGACUUUGUCCGCCAUCAGUGGUCGUACAUCUACAAAGAGUACGGUGGAGGAUCCUUCUCCUUCUCCAACCUCAUCAACGGAGUCACCAAACGCUUUUCCACCGAGUUUGAGCUUCAGCAGCUGAAGCAGUUUAAGGAGGAUAACGCUGCUGUUGGUUUUGGUUCUGGGACUCUGGCCCUGGACCAGUCCAUUGAGAGGACCCAGGCCAACAUUGAGUGGAUCAAAGAGAACCAGGACCAGGUUCUGAAGUGGUUCAAGGACAACUCUAGACGGGAUGCUGCUGCAGUCACGUCUGUCCUCUAACAGGAAACUGAAGGUUGUUGUUCAGAGACCCGAAUGUUUUCUGUUUGACUGGAUUUAAAAACCUGAAAAACUCUGGGGGUUUUUUUUUUUUUGCCCC